GGUGAACCCAGUUAAUGGUGUGCUAGCCAUGUCGCAGCCAAAAAACCGCUCUUUCCUGGACGCCUCUGUGCCCAAUCUCGUCAAGAAGCUGAGGACGGAAGAGAAAGUCCAGUUACUGGGCGCCCCGAAUUGGUGGAAUACGCAUGCUAUCGAACGCCUUGAGAUUCCAGGAGUCCGUAUGAGUGACGGGCCUAAUGGCGUCAGGGGCUCCUCUCACUUUCAAUCGACCCCAGCUCAAUGUCUUCCGUGUGCUACGGCCAUGGCCGCCACGUUCGACCCGGAACUCAUCCACCAAGUGGGUGCGUUCCUGGCCGAAGAAACGAAGAUCAAGUCCUCUGUGAUCCUCCUGGCCCCGACUUGCAACAUCCAGCGAAAUCCACUAGGGGGACGAGCAUUUGAAUCGUUCUCCGAGGAUCCCCAUCUUUCAGGUACUAUGGCUGCCGCAUACGUGAAUGGUUUGCAAGAGAACGGUGUCGCAGCGACCAUUAAGCAUUUUGUCGCCAAUGACCAGGAGCAUGAGCGUACAGCUGCCGAUUCCGUAGUAUCCGAGCGCGCUCUGCGGGAGGUCUACCUGUACCCAUUCAUGCUAGCGCAGAGAGAUGCCAAGCCAUGGGCGUUCAUGACCUCGUACGGGCGGAUCGAUAACGUGCACUGCUCUGAGAAUCCUCGGCUCCUUCAAGACAUCCUCCGUAAAGAAUGGGGCUUUGAUGGCCUGGUCAUGAGUGACUGGUACGGAACGUACAGCGUGGCAGAAGCCCUCAACGCCGGCCUCGACCUCGAGAUGCCCGGGCCCCCGAGGUGGCGCACGCCCCUCCUCGUCAACCACUCCCUCACCGCACAAAAGACGUCCUUUAAGACCCUGAACACGCGUGUCUCUACACUGCUGUCGUUUGUCCAGAAGAUGUCUCGUGUCAACCCAGACAUCGUCUACGGUGAUGGUAUCGAGCGCUCGCGAGACUCGCCCGAAGCGAGGAAGUUCUGCAGGAAGCUUGCUGCGGACGGCAUGGUGCUGCUGAAGAAUGAGGGGGACCUACUCCCACUACGAAAGGAAAAAGUAAAGAAGGUUGCGAUCAUUGGGCCGAAUGCGAAGGGCAGAGUGAUCUCAGGUGGAGGAAGUGCUGCCUUGAAACCGACUUAUGUUGUCACGCCCUACCAGGGGAUACUCGACAACGCACCCGAGGGCAUCGAAUUUCAAUACAGCGUCGGCUGCUAUGCCCACAGGUACCUGCCUACUCUGGAGAAUAACCUGAAGACGAAGGAUGGGAAACCCGGCUGGGUCUGCACCUUCUACAAUCACGAUGAUAACGGCAACCCCGUCGAGGAAGAGUUGGCGCACUUCGUUCUGCAAGAUACCAGAAUCAGGCUGAACGACUUCCUUCCUACCGGCCUUACUCCGACGUGGACAAUCAAAGUCGAAGGAUUGCUUUCAUUCGAUAAGACUGCGGAGUACGAGCUGGGUCUCACUGUCGCUGGCCGUGCAAAGCUAUGGGUUGACGGCAAUUUGACGAUCGACAACUGGACGAAACAAACUAAAGGAGAAUUCUUCUACGGCCAAGGCACUGUGGAAGAGACUGCUGUCCUAAAGUUCGAGGCCGGGAAAGCGAGAACAGUGUUGAUGGAAUACACAAACACAUUCCCGCCAGCUUCUGAUAACGAGGAAGCGAAACCGGACUCACAGCCAGCGCUGAUGCGAGGUGUCCGGCUUGGAGGCGCGGAGAAAAUUGACCCAGAAAAAGCCAUUGACGAGGCUGUCACUCUAGCGUCGCAAAGCGACGCGGUCGUUCUGGUUGCUGGGCUGACCCCCGAAUGGGAGAGCGAAGGCUUUGACAGACCGACGUUACAAUUGCCUGGACGACAAGACGAGCUAAUAGCAAAGGUAGCCAAAGCUAACCCGAACACAGUGGUUUGCGUCCAAGCUGGUUCUGCCGUCUCUAUGCCUUGGGUCGGCGCUGUGCAUGGCCUGCUACAAGCCUGGUAUUCGGGCAACGAAGUGGGAAAUGCCCUAGCAGACGUGCUCUACGGCAACGUAAACCCUUCUGGACGCUUGUCUUUGACGUUGCCCGUCCGUUACGAGGACAUUCCGGCGUAUCCGAAUCUGCACAGCGAAAACGGCAAAAUUCACUACCACGAAGACUUGUUCGUGGGCUAUAAGUAUUUCGAGUCGAAAGGAAUAAAGCCUCUUUUCCCAUUCGGGUUCGGAUUGUCUUACACUCAGUUCUCCUUGUCGGACCUAUCCGUCACGAUGACAUCCACCAAGCUAUUUAGUUUACAGGCGACCGUGACCGUGCAAAACAUAGGAUCGCGAAAAGGUUCAGAGGUUAUUCAAGUUUAUAUCGGCUAUCCCGAUAUUGGCGUCACGACUCCGAAACGACAAUUUAGGGCUUUUGCCAAGGCCAAGGACCUCUCGCCUGGUGAAAGCAGACAGAUCAAGAUAUCUCUGGAUAAAUAUGCUGUCUCCUUCUGGGAUACGCCCAACCAUUCCUGGCGUGCUUCAGCAGGCCGAUAUGUUCUGUACGCCGGAACGAGCAGCGACAACCUACCUUUGCAAACCCAUUUCGAACUAAACGACUCAUUCGAAUGGAGCGGGCUCUGACCAGCUUGCGGACCAUCGGAGUUAUCACAAUUGUAUUGUAGUAUAACGGAAUACAAUAGAUACUGCACAGGGAACCGCGUGACGACAUUCGUAUUUACCAUAGCAUAAGCGGGCAACCUGAACUACCAAUGCGCUCGACAAUUGAAAGAGACAGUGAACUAUGACAAAGAUAUAAUAAGUUGUACGUACACCUUCUUGAGACACGAGAUAGCGUGUGGAGUGGAAAGCAGGGCGAAAGAACAGGACGAGCCUAAUAACAGACAGCGAUUAUUACACGGGCACGAUAUGGGAAAGACCAAGCUGAGUUAUACAAUCAAUGUCCGAAUCCAGGUGCGGAAGAUUGCAUAUAGUGAUACGAAGGCAAUUGAGGAGGACUGCGAUGCUGUAAAGGCUGAGAGGACCGAACCGAAUCAACGUUGACAUAGCCUGCACCUGGCGGAGGGCCACCUCGGAAAGGCGUCGAUUCAACGGUCUCCCCGAACCCGAGAUCCAUGAACAUAUUGCGCCAAUAGUGAGCAUCCAGCUCGCUAUGGGGCUGGGUGGGAUAGUGGCU